AGCCCUGCUCAGUUCAGCUCAGACCAGCCCAGCUCAGCCGGGAGGAGGUGGCAGCGGCUGCGGCAGCAAGCGCUGCCCCGUGUCACCCGCUGCCGGCACACCCCGGCUGCGUUCCGGACCGCCGGCCGGAAUCUCAGACAGCGAGGGAAGGCGCCCGCCCCGCACUGCGCCGCUCUCCGCCCGGAAUCGCCCGGGACACCCGCCGGGACACCGACACCGGCCGCCGCCGCCGCCGCCGCGCCAUGGCGCUCGCAAGGCAAGUGCUUUGUGUUUGUGCUUUCCUGGGGCUGCCGCUCGCUCGCGCCGAGCCCAUCCGCUACUCCGUAGCCGAGGAGGCGGAAAGCGGCUCCCUGGUGGGCGAGCUGGCGGAGGACGCGGGGCUGACGCCGGCGCAGCUCUCGGCUCGCCGCGCCCGCCUGGUCUCGGAGGACGGCCGGCAGCAUUUGCGCUUCGAGCGCGCCUCCGGCCGCCUCGUCGUGGCGGGGAGGCUGGACCGGGAGGAGCUGUGCGCCCAGUCCGACACCUGCAUGCUCCCCUUCGAGCUGCUGCUCUCCAACCCCCUGCAGUUCUUUCGGGUCGAGGUGACUGUGAAGGAUAUCAAUGACCAUUCUCCCGUCUUCCCAGAGGAACGAGUCACUUUUGACAUCCUGGAAACGAGCGACGCGGGCACUCAUUUUCCCCUGGAAGUGGCUCGGGACCUCGAUAUUGGCAGCAACACGGUCCAGGCAUACAGCAUUGCUCCCAAAACCGACUAUUUCAGUGUCUCCUAUGGAAGUCGGACUAAUGGUGACAAAUAUCUUGAACUUGUUUUGGAAAAGCCACUAGACAGGGAGGAGCACACAGAGAUGGGUUUCCAUAUUAUUGCUGUGGACGGUGGCUCUCCUCCUAGAAGUGGGACCAUCGGGAUCUCUAUUAUCAUUCUAGAUGUAAAUGACAAUGCUCCCAAAUUCACGCAAGAGCGUUACAUUGGGAAGGUUCUGGAGAACACACCAGAGGGCUCUGUGGUUCUGACUGUGCUGGCAACUGAUCCGGAUGCAGGAGUUAAUGGGGACAUCACCUAUCAACUCAGCCAGGCAGUAGGCGAGAGCGACUUAGCAUUUGUGAUUGAUCCCAUAACUGGUGAAAUUAAACUCACAAAACCUCUAGACUUUGAGACAGCACACACUCACGAGCUCACAGUAAGGGCCAGAGAUGGUGGGGGGCUUUCAGCAAUCUGCAAGGUGUUGGUGGAGGUGGUGGAUGUGAAUGACAAUGCCCCAGAGCUGGUGGUCAGUUCCUUCAGCAGUCCCCUCCCCGAGAACACAGUGCCCGGCACGGUGGUUGCCCUGUUUACGGUCAGGGACCGGGAUUCUGGUGCCAACGGGAAGAUCUCCUGUGCCCUGCAGGAUCAGCUCUUCUUCUCCCUGCGGCCAGCCUAUAAGAAUUACUAUGAGCUGGUGACAGUGAGCGCGCUGGACCGCGAGGAGACGCCUCAGUACAUCCUCAGUGUGACGGCAGCAGAUGCGGGCUCGCCUCCUCUCACCACCACGCAGACCUUCACCGUGGACAUCUCCGACGUCAAUGACAAUGCCCCCGUCUUCAACCAGACCUCCUACACCAUGUACGUGCGUGAGAACAACGUCCCCACGGUGUUUGUUGGAGCCGUGAGCGCUGCAGAUGCUGACGUGGGGCUGAAUGCCAAGGUGACCUAUUCCCUGGCAGCAGAGCAAGGGCCAGAGCGGCCCUGGUGCUCCUGCAUCUCGGUCAACUCUGAGAAUGGACACGUGUUUGUGCUGCGGCCCCUGGACUACGAGCACUUGAGGCAGACCGAGGUGACGGUCAGUGCCUCUGACGCGGGCUCUCCUCCGCUCAGAGCCAACGUCACCGUCCGCCUUGUGGUGCUGGACGAGAACGACAACGCACCGCUCGUGCUCUACCCGGCCCAGGAGAGCAGCCCGGCCUCCAGUGAGCUGGUGCCCGUGUCGGCUGAGGCGGGCUACCUCAUCAGCAAAGUGGUGGCCGUCGAUGCCGACUCGGGACAGAACUCCUGGCUCUCCUACCACCUGCUCAGGGCCACCGACCCAGGCCUGUUUUCCGUGGGCCUCCAGAGCGGCGAGGUGCGUCUCAGGAGGCCCGUGACAGAGAGAGACAGCGUCAAGCAGAAGCUCCUUGUGCUGGUCAGAGACAACGGCAAGCCCCCGCUGUCAGCCACGGCAGCUCUCAGCGCUCUUCUGCUCAAGGACUUCUCCGACGUGCGCCUCCCGCACAGCAGCCCGGCCUCCGAGGAUCAGGCCGCCUCCCUGACCACCUAUUUAAUCAUUGCCUUGGUCUUUGUCUCCCUCCUCUUCCUCAUCUCCACCGCAGUGCUGGUGGCUCGCAAGGUGUGCAGGAGGAAGGAGCUGAAGGCUGGCCAUGUGCUCUAUGCUGCCGACACCUUGCAGAGCGGCCCGGCCGAUGCAGCCGCUGCAGGGACCCUGCCCCGCGCCUAUUGCUACGAGAUCAGCCUCACCACGGGCUCGGGCAACAGCGAGUUCAGAUUCCUCAAGCCCAUCCUGCCCAGCCUGCCCCCACAGCACUGCGCCGUGGGCCAGGGCCCUGAGGAGGAACAGGAUUUCCCCGGUGUCCCUGUCAGCACCGAGGACAUGGCCCCAGACAAUGCUGGCGCUCUCUCUGCAGGACAGUUCAAUGCUCUUUCCUUCAACUAGCUGGGGUCUGCACAGACUGAGGCUUCAUGGCUCUUGGGAGGAGGGGAUCCAGGCUGCACUAUAGGGUAAUGGUUCCUCAAGAUUAUAUCUCUAUUUGCAAUUGGUUUAACCAAUAUCUUGAAAAUUCUUUUCAGAAAUAAUGUCUUCACUCCAAAAAAACUAUUAAGGCAGUAAAAGAAGUCAAGGUUCUCUCAGUUAUUUACUAACUUGUUUCAGCUCUGUUACUGCCAUUUCUAACAAGCUUGAAGUGUUUGCUUACCACUCACAACUAUGCUCUUGCUUUUCUUGCUGUCUGACAAGACAGAGGAACUUUUUGUUCUGAGAUUUAGGGUGAUGUCAUUGUUGGCCAAACAAAUCAUAUCCUCACUGAAAUGCAAAAGGCACAUUUUUGUGCUUCUGCAAAGCAAGGAAGUUGGGAUUAUUGAGUCACAAUGUCAUGGAAGAACUAGGCCCUUUCUUCGCUGGGUUCUGGAUGUCUCUGUAUGAGAUGCAUUCUCUCUGUGCGUUGCUUUCUUAUUGCUAUGUUUGUCCAUGCAGACAUUGAAGAUCUGCAAAUGCUUCAGUAGUGCUGCUGUAUGAAGCAGGGAGUUGCUUCCACACUGCCAUUGCAACACAGGCAGUGCCAGCUCAGCAGGGAAGGAUGUGAUCUGGACCAUUUGAAAACAGCAGUCUUGUCUUCUUUAUCUGGCCCAGACUAAAGCAACAAAAUGCACAACAAAACCUUCCUUUGGCUUACAAGAAGGGCUUGGUUGUUCUGUCGCCUCAGGAUUGCCUUGGAAAUACAAGAGCACAAACAGUGUUAGGGGAGAUUAUACAACUGAACAGAGCUGUAACGUAACAGAAACGUGUUCACUGUCAUUGAAUGCAUUGAAGGAAAAAUCUCCAGAUAUUAAAAGACAAUUAUUGGAAGGUUAAUUAUUAGAGUCAAGACGAACUUAAAAAAAGAUGUUGCGUUUCCUCUAUUCAUUGUUGUUCUUGAAUCCCAAGGCUUCUUGAUGGGACAGGAAAGUUGUCCCCACAUGAUUUUCUGUCUUUAUGUUAGAGAAUUUGCAUUGACAUGUUUGCCCCUUCUCCUUCUAGCCACUGAAAUGUACUGAACACUAAACGGAGCCUGUUCCUGCAGAAAAGGACUGCCACCCCAUCCUGAAUAACUGGUUGUUUGAAUAAUGUCUGUGAUGCACUAAAU